AUGGUGUUAAGCUAUGAGAACCUUCUGGAGACGAGUUCGGAGACGGAUGAGGACGACAGGACACCGCUCUCUGAGGACAACGGCCUCACCAAUGGAGGAGGGGGAGGAGACAGAGGCCUGGAGGACGAGGAGGCAGGCAGCCCGGCCGGCAUUCCUGCUCUUGAGGCAUCACCACGGGUCGCUCAUGCCCUGCUGUCCUAUCAAGAUGCAUCUGAGGGACGGGACAUCUGGAGGCUGGGAGGCACAGAUGCACACCUGAACAGCUCAGAUGACAGGACAGAUGACUUUGAGGCUGCGGGUCUGGAGGCGUCUCUUCACAAUGGGAGGAGUUCAGCAGUGAAGCGACUCGAUGGCGUCUCCGAGCUUGACGAAUACUUCCUAAAACGUAAACUGGAGGACGGUGAUGGUCAUCCAGCUACCAUCGCUGAGUACUUACAACGCAGCGACACCGCCAUUAUUUACCCAGAAGCCCCAGAGGAGGUGACACGGCUGGGCACGCCAGAGGCCAUUGGACAGGACGAGAGCGAACAAGACCUGCUGUCAGGUACACCUGACGACUUCGCCCAGCUGCUCGCCUGUCCUUACUGCGACCGUGGCUACAAACGGCUGACGUCUCUGAAGGAACACAUCAAAUAUCGCCAUGAGAAGAACGAGGAGAGCUUCAGCUGCCCGCUGUGUGCAGACACCUUCAGCCACCGCACGCACCUGGAGCGUCACAUGACCACGCACAAACCCGCCCCAGACCAGACGCCGCCGCCCAGCGAAGCAGCUGGAAACCGAAAGUUUAAGUGCAGUGAGUGUGGAAAAGCCUUCAAAUACAAACAUCACCUGAAGGAGCAUCUGCGCAUUCACAGUGGAGAAAAACCGUACGAGUGCUCCAACUGUAAGAAGCGGUUCUCCCACUCAGGCUCCUAUAGCUCCCACAUCAGCAGUAAGAAAUGCAUUGGCCUGAUCGCCGUCAAUGGACGAAUACGCAGCGGAAACAACGGCAAGCCCGGCUCCUCGCCCAACUCUACCACCUCAUCGCCGGGAAGUCCCGCCCUUGCACAGCUCCGUCACAAACUGGAGAACGGGCGACCACUGGGCCCUCCAGACCAGCAGGGUCAGCUGGACAUCAAGGCUGAGCCCAUGGACUUCAACGAGUACCGCUUGCUGUUGGCGUCCCAGCAUGGUUUCGGAGGGCCGGGGGUCUACCUGAAUGGCCGUGGUGGGAGCCCUAUGGGCAUCCAUAGCUCCUCCCACAGUCCCCUCCAACACAUGGGGCUGGACUACCCUAUGCUGGGUUAUGCUGGAGCUCUGAGUGAGGUCCAGAAGGUGCUGCAGAUUGUGGACAACACAGUGAGCAGGCAGAAGAUGGACGGCAGCCCAGAGGAGAUCGCCAAGCUCCGCGCCUACAUGAAGGAGCUGGGCGCUCAGAUGGACCAGCACAAACCAGGCCAGACAGGGGUCCAAGGGGCGGGUCAUGGCAGCCCCACCAAGACCAUCAUCGACUACACACUGGAGAAAGUCAAUGAGGCCAAGAGCCUGAUUGAUGAGUCAACAAGACCAGUUGACAUAAAGACGGAAAAACUGAACCAGUCCCUGGACCUCAGUGAGGAAGGACAGAACCACUUCCUGUUCAGCUGUCAGUUCUGUAAGGAGACCUUCAGUGGUCCCAUCCCCCUCCACCAACAUGAGCGCUACCUGUGCAAAAUGAACGAGGAAAUCAAAGCCGUCCUUCAGCCGGCUCAGACCAGUCCCUCAGGCCAUCGGGGGGCACUGUCCUCCGACACUGACCAGACCACCAGCCCCUUCAAAGACCAUGCCUCAGUGCUCAAAACGUUUCUCGGUAUGAACACUGAGCCCAACUCAGAGGAGCUGCUCAAGAUCUCCAUGGCCGUGGGACUUCCUCAGGACUUGGUGAAGGACUGGGUCACCACGUGGAAGAACCAGAACCAGCAUGGAGGCCGGAGAAGGUCGCCCCCUCCUGACCACAGCCUGAGCCGCUCCCCCAUGCCACUUCCUGCCGUAGACCUAGGUUUGAUAAAUGGACUCACAAAGACCAACACGUUUACCGCCAACAGGCCUACCCUGGCAGACAGACCACUGGAGCCCCUGGACCACCUGAGGAGUGACACCCCAUCCCCCCUGAACCUGUCGUCCACCUCAUCCAAAACGUCUCAGAGCAGCUCGUACACACCAAACAGCCUAGCCUCAGAGGAAGCCCACGGUGACACGCCUCUGGAUCUGUCCCUGCCCAAACACCUGAUGGCUCAGCGGCUUGUCUCAUUGGGUGAGAAAAGGCCCCGCCCCAAUGGUUUCCUGGUGGAGCGCAGCAGUGAGGCACCAGGCCGAGAGCAGGCGUCCGCUCCUCUAGACCUGGUCAACAUCAAGAAGGAGGUUCUGGGUCCUGAAGGUGGAGGAAGCUCGGCCUAUCAGCUGGAGAAAAGCACCAGUCCCCUCUUUGGGAUCAACCCCUUCGCUGGCGGUCCAGUCUACACCUCUCUGCCCCCCCACGGGGCGUUUCCUCCGCCCACCUUCAUGUCUCCGGCCCAGGCCUCCAUCCCUGGCCUUAGGUCGUACCCAGGACUUGACCCUAUGAGCUUCCUACCCCACAUGGCCUACACCUACGCCACAGGGGCCGCCACGUUCGCCGAGCUGCAGCAGAGGAGGAAGUACCAACGGAAACCAGGUUUCCAGGGGGAGCUGCUGGACGGGACGGCGGACUAUCUGUCGGGCCUGGACGACCUGGCAGACAGCGAUUCGCUGCUGUGCAGGAAGAAGAUUAAGAAGACUGAAAGUGGUAUGUACGCGUGUGACUUGUGCGACAAAACAUUCCAGAAGACCAGUUCCCUCCUAAGACACAAAUAUGAGCACACAGGAAAGCGUCCCCACCAGUGUCAGAUCUGUAAGAAGGCGUUCAAACACAAACACCACCUGAUCGAACACUCGCGCCUCCACUCUGGAGAGAAACCGUACCAGUGUGACAAGUGUGGUAAACGAUUCUCCCACUCGGGCUCGUACUCUCAGCACAUGAACCACCGAUACUCUUAUUGCAAGAGGGAGGCGGAGGAGCGGGAGGCGGCUGAGAGGGAGGCACGGGACAAAGGUGGAGGAGGAGGAGGAACCAUGGAGCCCACCGAGCUGCUGAUGACCACGGCGUACCUGCACGGCCUCGGGCCUCUGGGAUACUCGGACCCUGAGGACCAGCAGGAGGACGGUACCAUCCUGAGGGGAGGAGGAGGAGGGGUGAAAAGGGAGCUGGAGGAGUUGACAGACAGAGAUGAGGAAAGUUUCAGGGAAAAAGAAGUAGAGGAGGGAGGAGACAACCAGAGCAGGACAGACUCGACGAGGGAACAGGAAGUCAAAGACAUGACGCUGAUGGAGGAGAGUUCAGGAGGGAAGACGGAUGGACAGAUGGAAGAAGACGAUCCCUAGAUAGGACUGGGGGGGGGCUUUUAUUUUGAAGGGACUGUACACCAAUCAUCAUGGGGUGGGGAGGGGUCAGAUCUACCGGUUAGAUUUCUACGGGCCGUCAUGACACUAAAGUUGUAAACUCUGAUACCUGUGUGCAACAACAGCAAUGACUACAGAAGUCCUCUACACUCAGUGUUGGGAAACUUCUAGGGAUGGGCAAUGAUCUGGAAUGUUCUAACAGUCAUCACUUUCUGGGAGAUAAAGCUCAUCUUUAUCCUGAUUAAUUUAUACAAAACUGAAGGUUCAAUUUGACUUCAUCUUUGUCAGAUAUUCAACCAGAGGAGUGAGUCAAUAUUCUAAGUUGGUCAAAAACAUUGGCAACUUCUUCAUAUUGAACUUUUCAACACAUACAUUUCAUCUAAAUAGGACAUCAACAGUUUGAAUUGGUCAAAACUAUUGACAACACUUUAUAAGUUGGUGGACUGUAGAGUGGUGAUUGACUACCACUGACCCCCCCCAUGAUCAUUUUGGUGCAGUCAGAGUUACUCAACUAUUGAUGGUGGCCGGUGACCGUUGAUGGUGGCCGGUGACCGUUGAUGGUGGCCGGUGACCGUUGAUGGUGGCCGGUGACUGUCAAUGGUGGCCGGUGACCGUUGAUGGUGGCCGGUGACCGUUGAUGGUGGCCGGUGACUGUCAAUGGUGGCCGGUGACCGUUGAUGGUGGCCGGUGACUGUCAGUGGUGGCCGGUGACCGUUGAUGGUGGCCGGUGACCGUUGAUGGUGGCCGGUUACUGUCAACGGUGGCCGGUGACAGUUGAUGGUGGCCGGUGACCGUUGAUGGUGGCCGGUGACCGUUGAUGGUGGCCGGUGACCAUUGAUGGUGGCCGGUGACCGUUGAUGGUGGCCGGUGACCGUUGAUGGUGUCCUGUGACCGUCUAUGGUUGCCGGUGACCGUUGAUGGUGGCCGGUUACUGUCAAUGGUGGCCGGUGACCGUUGAUGGUGGCCAGUGACCCUCGAUGGUGGCCGGUGACCGUUGAUGGUGUCCUGUGACCGUCUAUGGUUGCUGGUGACCGUUGAUGGUGUCCUGUGACCGUCUAUGGUUGCCGGUGACCGUUGAUGGUGUCCUGUGACCGUCUAUGGUUGCCGGUGACCGUUGAUGGUGUCCUGUGACCGUUGAUGGUGGCCUGUGACCGUCGAUGGUGGCCUGUGACCGUCUAUGGUUGCCGGUGACCGUUGAUGGUGUCCUGUGACCGUUGAUGGUGUCCUGUGACCGUUGAUGGUGGCCUGUGACCGUUGAUGGUGUCCUGUGACCGUUGAUGGUGGCCUGUGACCGUUGAUGGUGUCCUGUGACCGUCUAUGGUUGCCGGUGACCGUCUAUGGUUGCCGGUGACCGUUGAUGGUGUCCUGUGACCGUCGAUGGUGGCCUGUGACCGUCUAUGGUUGCCGGUGACCGUCGAUGGUGGCCGGUGACCGUUGAUGGUGUCCUGUGACCGUCUAUGGUUGCCGGUGACCGUUGAUGGUGUCCUGUGACCGUCUAUGGUUGCCGGUGACCGUUGAUGGUGGCCGGUGACCCUCGAUGGUGGCCUGUGACCGUCGAUGGUGGCCUGUGACCGUCUAUGGUUGCCGGUGACCGUCGAUGGCGGCCUGUGACUGUGACUGGCGGCUUCAUCUCGUCAUGUAGCUGGGUGGGAUUGUUUAGAAAGCCACAUUAUGCAAACCGGAGGUGGUGGUGUUUUUAAUGUACAGUAUUGUAAAGGCCUGAACGCUGUGUGGUGCUAUGAUGUUUAACUCUUCGUGUCCGUGUUCCACGCCCCCGUCAACAUGAUUGCACUCAAUCCUCCAAUCACUACAGAUAAAAAGAAUAAAGAAGGAAUCGCUCGCCUCUCCCGUCAGUGUUUUUGUGGUACUCCUGUCUCCUUUCACUGUGACUUUCUAUGAUCUUGAUCCUGUUGGAUGAUUCUGCGUUCUGACCACACGGCGUCGGGCCUCCUGAUCUGUUUUCAUGUGACGAACGUUUAAACCUGUGAUUUUAAAUCCAUGUGAGUCUUAAACGUGGCGGAGAGAGGAAAUUCAAAAAGGACAGAGCCUUUAUAGUGUGUAACUUCUCCAGAGAAAGCCUUAUAUGCAAACCUUUCACCCGUGCCAUCCCUGUACAGUGACCCCGCCCCCUGCUUCUCUCCUCCAAUAACAUGCCAUCUUUUAUUGUUAGUAUUAGCUUAGACUUGUGCUCUUAGUUUACAUUUGUUUGUGCAAUUUUGAGUAUUUUUUCUUCCAGUAUUUUUUUGUCAGUAUUAUUUCUUGUUUUUGUUGAAUUUUCCGACAUUAAUUUCAUUUUUUGUUCUUCUUUGAGAAUUGAGCGUUUUAUUUAUGUGACUCAUUUUAUAUGUGCUAAUUUUAUUUAUUUCAUACUGUAGUGUACAGGACUAGAGUUCCUCACUCACAGGUUAUUCCAGGGAGCAAACCUGUUCACGGGACGGCCGCAGUAUCUGGAUGAUUCUUCUGUGUUUGUGUUGUUUCAGUUGAAACUACUGGAAAAUUCUAAAUUUGGGGAACUUUUUGAUACGAUGAUUAUUGUGAAACACUGUAUUUUUUAGAGUAAAUCCACUUUAUCUGUGCUGAUGGUGAGGUGAAGAACUGAUGAAGAUGAUGAAGAUGAAGGAGCUCCUAAAAUGUCUGAAGUAUUAUUGUUGAAUUUUUAAUGACCGUGCUCGAAUAAAUGUAGCCAAAUUAAAUUUGAAUAAAACCGUCUUAUUCUU